AGGCCUGCACACACCUGUGCAAUCAGUCUCCUGGCCAUUCCCAAAACCUGGUCCCAGGAUUGGAGAUUUCAUCCCUCCCAGAUCUCUUUGAAAUCUCCAGGCUCCAGAUCCCAAAACAGACUUUACAAACAAAGGAGGAAAGUGAAAAGCCACUUUCCUCCGUAUCAAACACAUACCCUGGAGCCCCUCAACCUGCCUUUGUUGAGAAUCCAGGGUGACAGAUCGCCACACUGUCACAAUAUAUACACACAUAUAUAUACACAUACAUACAUACACGAAACAACUAGAGCAAUAUCCAUAAAA